AUGGACUACACAGGCAGAAUCGUGCAGGGAGAGAGCGGAGAACUUGUCUGUAGGCCCGCGGUCUGGAUAGACGUCGUCAAGUUCUUUCUAUUGAAUUACGUGCUACACGCCUUUACAGUGGUUACCCCCCCUGGCAGUGGUGGAUUAGAGUCGAUGCUUGUUGCCAUUUCGUCUAUUGUCAUGCCCUUCUCCGGGAUCGUUCGGGCUAUCGUUGGAAUAUUGAAAUAUUCCCAGGGUCAAUCGACUCACCUCAAUGCCGCACAUCGGGCCGGUGCAUUGUGUAUGGUAGUCCCAGCCGAAAAGGUUAAACGUCUAAAUCGGAUGCCGACUGUUUUAUCGCAUAAACACCACGUAUUUCACGGCUACUAUCGAGAUCUAGUCAAACGGUCCCCGAAUCAAGGCGAGGACGAUGUUAUUGUAAUGGUACCCCCGUGGUUUAAGGUUAAGUCGCUCGAGGAACCCGAGGGAGGCCCUACCAACAGUCCACGGGACCAGGCACCUCCUCCAAACCCCAAUUUCCUCCGGCGGUUGAAGGUUAAGUUGUUUGGGGGACCCGAGGAAAGCCAUACCAACACUCAAAGGGACCAGGCACUUUUCGCAAACUUCAGUUUCCUCACGGCCUUGAUAGCAAUUCUUCAAAUACUAUACGGGUGUUUCGAGCUAUACUCUGCCCGUGGGAAACAACUUGAAAGGUUUGGAUACGCUGCCUACUCCCUCAGCGUGAUUCCAUAUAUUCUCAUGUCUCUAUCAAACCUUAUCUCCUCUCUCUUCACCCCACAGUUCCCGACGUUCUACUUUGUCCACUACGGGGGAAUCAGCGAUCCAAGCGCUCCGGCCGCGGAAUGCCAACCAUCGAGCAGCGAUAAGAUUGAGGUUGGUGUAGCUGUUACCGUGAAAGAACCAGCGAAUAGUACGCCAGAUUCCACGAAGCGUUUAAGGGACUUGGUCGAUGGGGCUGUUGGGGAGGCCUACGGAGAUUUCUCAUGCCCUUCGAACUCACUCUAUUAUUACAAAUCGUUCUUUACCAACGGCAACAUCUUCAGCUUCAGAAACAUGGACCAGAGCUCGCUCUGGAUGAUGCGAUUCAUCGCAAGAUUCUAUAAGACACCUAAGGGAUCGAGACGGAAGAUACACAUCACAUUUGGAAUCGCAACCGUUUUCGCGUUAAUAGUAAUUCCGGCUCCAGAAUAUAUAAUCUACAUUCUGACAAGGUUUGACGGGAAACAAAGCACUGGACCUCAAAAAGCAUGGACAAUUUCUUGGCUGGUUAUUGGCCAAUAUUUUGGACCGGCCUUCCUAAUACUCGAUUCAGUCUACCUAGGAAUCAUUCGAAGGGUGUUGGACAUUGAGCCCCGGUAUAUGCCGCGGUUAUCGUUCAUAAUCAGAGUCUACCUCUGUUUGAUUUUCGUUGGUUUAGAGAGAGACGGUACGGGAAGAUGUUUGAUCGUGAUUAAUGCUCGUUGGUUGCGCCUUUGA